UAUUCAAAGUGUUCACUGUAUGCCCUCUGACGCCUAACGCCUCCCCUCUCCGCCAUGGCCGCUGGAGGAUUCAGCGGCGAUAAGAGAACUACCAGAAGCUCCGCCAUUAACGCCGGUGCCGUCACUACAAGAAGCAAGGCCAAGAAAUCCGACCGGAAGAACCAUCUCAAACACCAACUGGUAACCCUCAUCGAAACCACCAUUUCUUCCGCUCACUCAUUUCUUUCUCUCAACGAUCUCCACCUUCUUCCCUCUCAAACUCUUGCCCUUGAAUCCUUCAUCUAUUCCACUUCAUCCUCUCUUCAAGCUCUCUCUCCUUGUCUCCCCAAACUUUCCCUGCAUCCGCCGCCGCGGCAAUGCUGGUUCCAACGCUUCCUCUCUGCGACGGCGGAGGUUGAUUGCGACCCGAGAUGGAAUCUCUUCUUCCGUAUGUCGAAAUCGUCCUUCUCCCUCCUCCUUCGUCUCCUUUCCCCGAUUCAAAGCUGCUCAUCCACUUCCGUUCCGCCUGAUUGUGCUUUAGCCGCUGCGCUUUUCCGAUUGGCGCAUGGCGCGAGUUACAAGGCGGUUGGGAGGCGGUUUGGGAUUGAUUCUGCUGACGCUUGCCGCUCGUUUUAUGCGGUUUGUAAGGCUAUCAAUGACAAAUUGGGGCAUUUGCUUGAGCUUCGGUCUGAUAUUGAUCGGAUUGUAGUGGGAUUUGGGUGGAUUUCGCUUCCGAAUUGCUGUGGGGUUUUAGGACUAAGAAGAUUUGGGGUUGAAGGUGACCUUCUAGGUAAAGACGGAUCGCUUCUGGUUCAGGCAUUGGUUGAUGCUGAAGGGAGGUUUCUGGAUGUCUCUGCCGGAUGGCCGAGCUCAAUGAAACCUGAAACAAUCUUGCGGCAGAGCAAGCUAUAUGCAGAAAUUGAGAAAUCCGGUGAAUUACUCAAAGGCCCUGUUUAUAAUCUCGACGAUGGAAAGCCCAUUUCCCAAUACUUGAUAGGUGAUUCUUGCUUCCCCCUUUUGCCAUGGCUUUUGACACCAUACAUGAAACUGAACGAGGAAGAUAGCUCUGGUUUUCCUGAGAGAGCAUUCAAUUCCACACACAAUCGUGCAAUGGGGUUGGUUAACACAGCGUUUUGCAAAGUCCGAGCUCGGUGGAAGCUUCUUUCAAAGCCAUGGAAGGAAGAAUGUAGAGAUUUCUUCCCAUUUAUUGUGUUGACUGGGUGUCUACUGCAUAAUUUUCUCAUUAAAUGCAGUGAGAAACUAGUAGAAGAACAAGAUGAAGACGACGGAGCAAGUUGUUCUAGUGAGGAACAGAAGUUUCCUCUUUAUGAUGGUGAGACAGGAGACGAUCGAGGUAAGGAUAUCAGAGAUGCGCUUGCCUUGCACUUGAGUAGGCUGAGCUUCAGAAGAUGAUUGCUUUGAACAUCUUGGAUUGGGAAACUUCAGAACCUGGCAGUUCAAAAGUGAAAUGUUGAGCUCACAACCCCAGCUUCAUUCAACAUUAUUCAAGAAAACUGUAUACAGACAGCACAAAGGAUUUAUUUUGACAGUUCCACAAGAUCAAGCACAAAGUCUUCACAGUAUCAAACAAAACGUAGUGAAGCUUGACAAAAUCAUUGAUGAACUCAAAGGUACAAAAUUUAACUUCUUUUGUCUUCAAACCUUGAUCAUUUUCCAAGGAUUGAUUUGAUCCACCAUAUUCCUUUUGUAUCUUUUGGGCCUUCAUCUCCCUCUGGUGGAGGAGGUCUGUGUGUGUUGUCCUGCGCAGCUUGCUCACAUCAUAACCCUGUUCCUUAGCUUUCUCCACCAGCUGAUUAUAUAUCUCCUCAUCCAAAUGAUUCUGUCUGCUCAAAAUCUGUCAAAAAGACACCACGAAACAACACGAUUCAUAAACCUUCCAUCGUCAUAACUCAACCGUUAGAGCCUGUUUGGUAACCAUUCCUGUGAGAUCCCAUGUCGGUUGGAGAGGAAAACGAAGCAUUCUUAUAUAUAAGGAUGUGGAAACCUCUCCC